AUGGUCUUCCCUUGUACGUUUUGUGGGGGGGAGGGGUCUGUUUCCGAUCCCGAAAAGCAAGCUGAGGGGCAGGGCACAAGGGCAGGCAGCGUCGACGACGCCAAUGGCCAAAGCACUGCUGAGAAAUAUUUGGAGGUAUGCCAGAGUGCUUACAGCAAGGAGGCAGUGAGAAAAGCCACAGAGGCAGGAAAUGCGUUGUUGAGGGCCGCCGGCUCGGUGCCAAGAGCAGCUGAAUUAGUCAACAAAGCGAGGCUGAGGAAGUAUGGGGAACACUUCCAGAAGGCAAAGGAAGGAGCAUUGAAAGGGCUCAGCCCCCUACACGAGCAAUACUUGAAAGACUGUGUGCUCAAGGGUGUGCCCAGCCGAGCUAAGAGUACCCCCAAGAGAGAGAAGGCCCGAAACCACGGCUCCGUCAGGGGGCACGAGGAAGAGAUGCUGCAGAAGGCAUGGAAAGACGCAUCUUAUGGGGCGGUACUUCUGUGUUCCACAGAGACCGAGGACCAAGAAGAAAAUCGGCAAAUCGACCAGAUACUGACCGAGAGCAAGGUGGCCGAGAGCCCUCUCGGCCGAGUGCCCAAGCAAAACCCCGACAGAACCAUCUCAGCGGAAGGUCGUCCCAUCAACGAUAUGCGAGCCAGGAAUGCUUCGGGCUCCAAAUACGACCACCCACCCGCCGCUCAGCCUAGGCACAGAGCAGUGGUCAGGCAAAGCCUUUGGUGGAGGGUGCGACACCCGAAGGUUCCACAGAGGUGUGCGAAACGCGAUGUGCCAAGGGCUUUUAAGUGGCACUUCCUCAAGCCGGGCGAUGUCCCUGAAUUCUGCACGAGGAUUCUAGGUGUGCUGAUCCUGAGUCUGGUGAUGGUGUUCGGUUGGGUAGGAGCGCCAGGGGAGUUCGUGAUAUGGGCCACCGCAGCCCAAAAGCACCACGGGUCGUUCCGACCAUGCCAUCCUCAAUUCAACGAUGUGGUUCCCUACACCAGCCGAUGGCUGAUGGAUGACGGCGUGGUGGUAGAGCCACUAGUGGGGAAUAGGAUCCAGGGAUCCCUGUCAGCAAUGGAUGCAGCUAUGGUAUCAGUCUGGGGCCCUGGAGCCAUCAAUCUCGACAAGCUCGCCGAAGAAGGCACCCCGGCAAAAUCCCAGCUCCUGUGGGGCCUCCACCUAGACUUUGAAGAACAGGUUGUGGUCCUCCCGGAACCGAAGCGAAUAAAGGCGAAGUAUUUCCUAAGAGAGCCUCAGCUUCAAAGGGGGUGCCAACGAGUUCGUACCAAGCUGCUCCGAGAACUGGCAGGGACAGCGCAGUAUUGGGCCGUCUCCGCUCCCGAGAUUGCACCCUAUCUACCAGUCUUUUACAGGCUCCUGCAGCAGGAAGUAGGCGAUCAUGAAUGGGUGAAACCCAGGGGCUCCGAGAGUGAGCUAGAGGCUGCCUGGGCUGAGUUCUGGGAUGCGCUCGAUUGGGUUCGCCUCCAGAUGGAAAAGCCUUGGGGAACCAGUUUCAGAGCAGCUUUCGGCAAGCUCCUGCCGUUAAGGGAAAGGGUCGCACUCCCUGGCAUGGCCGCUUCGGCCCGAUUCAUUGGAGGAGAUGCCACGCUAACCAGGCUCGGAAGCACUGAUUGGAAGGAUAGAUGCUACCACAUGGCGGACAGCAGCAGAUACGUCAGGGCCGUGAGCGAAGUCGUAGGGGGCGGAGAUCACUUGGAGAUCAUCGGAGUGAUGGAGCUUCUGACGUUCAUUGUCCUGGCAGCGGCGCGGAAGGAAACCUGGCAGGGUCAAUUGAUCCUUUAUGUGACUGACAACAUGAAUGUCAAAGCAUGGUUACGUACCAGGCGCGCUUCAAACAGAUACGUGAGGGCGCUCUUGCUGCUGCUCCAGCGGCUCGAAGCGGAGAAUAGCUUCACUGUCGAUGGAGCGUACGUCCGUACCUACCACAAUACUCUCAACGACUGGCUGACAAGGGAGGAUGAAGACAAGGUCCAUGCGGAAAUGGAAAGCAGUGGCUGGACCCGCCUCGAGCUCAAUGAGGACUGGGAAGGACUCCUGCGAGAAGCCAUGCGCCCCACGUUGAAGCUACCAGGGGAGAAGGGCCCGAGUGCAGCUUUAGCCAUUCAGCUGGCCAACGAACAACAAACCGUGCAUGCCUUCCCCGCCAAGAUCGAACCAAAGCCAUUCAAAGGGGGAUUCCACCAAAUCCGGCUAGGGUCGGAACUACUGACGUUCGAGCUGGGGUGGGCCAAGGGCGGAGGAUCGAUCGCAAGCCAGGCGCAAGCUGACUGGAUCGUCUGUGUUCUCACUCAAGACCCAAAAGGGCGGGAGGCAGACAUCCUUCUAAAAACCCUCGCCAGAACUGAUUGGAGAGGACGACUUAUCGUUGACCAGCCCAGGGAGCUCUCUGAAACCAGCCGAAAUCGCCUGAUGCAGCUUCAGGUUCAAUGGGGUCAGGCACAAGUGGUCGACUAUCAGACUUCACACCACGGCAGCUUCUUUGCCAGGGCCAGAAGACUUUGGCUUUUUGGAGGAACGGCCGACGAAAAGGAGAGAGUUCAAGCAUGGCGAGUUGCACAAGUCAACGAGUGUCAGAUGUUACCUCUGCGAUCCGCAGAGGAGUCAGGUAAGGGAUUAUGCCCGCCCGACUACCUUUUUACGAGAGAACCAAACCUCAUCACCACCGGUGACAAGUGGCUUCCAAAACCAGUCGGCCACUUGGUUGACGUGCGCGCCGGCAGCAGGCACCUGGUCCAUAGCACACGGGGCCCAGCUUGCGGACCUAGGCUCACAAGUGAGCGUCUCAAGAUCCCAGGAGGCACCCUGUUGGAAGAUGGGACGGGUUUGGUCCGUCCUCUCCUCCCAGAAGAGGUGUGGGAAAUGCAAGGGGGCCUCGCAGAGGAUUGGCGUUCCGCCGACUCGAAGAGAAAGGAUCGCAUGAUAGCAGCUGCAGUCCGGGAGCCAGGCUGGCAAGUGGCUAUGAGUCUCAUGCAGGCUCUGACUGGAACCGAUGGGAAGGCAGGAGUCCUGGACCCCGAUGAGAUCCAAGCCCACGAGCAACUAGAGGUCUGGCUGCGAGCGUGGGGGAGGAACCCGAAGGCUCCCUCUUCCGAGCUUUUCCUUACUUCGUGGAAAGAGCCACGUGUGGCAGUGGCACCCACUCAUGAGCUCGUGGGAGCGACAACCCAGGCGAAAGCAGGCGGAGGCAAACGCACCACCGUGAAGCCAGCACUCAGUGAAGUGGAGAGGCUGGUCCAGCCCGCAUCCAAAAGAGGCGGGACUACUGGGACCCCCCGCCCCCGAGGAGGGAGCACAGCAGAGCUUGACCAGGUAGCCAUGGAAGCUGUCUUGGCCAAACUGGCUGAUUCAACUCGCAGGGUCUAUGCAUCAGGCUGGAAGCAAUGGGCGUUGUACAAUGCCAGCUCGGGCACUCACCCGUUCCUUGACGGAGAAGAGCGCUCCGCUCGGACUGAAGACGAGCAGAGGUUGAUUCGGUUUGUAGUAUUUCUACAUCAAGUCAUGGGAAGGUCCAUAGGUGGGGUCAGACAAAGGUUGUCAGCCAUUCGUUAUGCACAUGUUGCGGCAGGAUACCCUGAUCCACUGGUCGGGCGACCUCGGUUGUGGGCAGCGGUUGCGGGUCUACAACGUUGGGAAGGCGCCCCAAAACGAAAGCUCCCUGUUACCCCCAACAUGUUGCGAUGGUUGGUCCAGCACUUGAAAAGUAGCGGUUUAUCAGUUGUCGAUCAAACCAUGAUCAAAGGAGCCCUUCUUACAGGUUGGUUUUUCAUGAUGCGGGCCAGUGAACUCUUGCCCAAUAUCAAUGGAGAAGACCCCAUGAAUAGGGCGCUCCGCCCAGCUGAUGUUGCUUUCUUUUCGCAUGGGCAGCCUACCAUAGGCGCCAAGGCCGAUGAAGUCGUAGUGCAGAUUAGAUCUUCAAAAACCGAUCAGUAUGGUAGGGGCCAAACACGGUCACACCACCGCUCCGGUGGAGAUCUCUGCCCUGUUGAAGCCUUAGCCGCGCUACAGGUCCUACAGCCCCAUCGGUGGCGCAGCCCUGAAGACGAGGCGCCUUUGUUCCGCUAUGAAGACGGGACGGGGCUUGACAGAGAGGGCAUCACCCAUUUCAUCAAGAUAGCUGCAUUGGCCGUAUCGUUUGCAGUGAAGGCUGGUGCUAUGGAUGCUACUGAUGAAAGUGCCGAUGGGGGACGAAAGCCAGCAGCUCCAGAUCGAGCCAAUGCAGCGAACCUCUUUGUAGCAGCUCACCCAGGACUAGAUCUUUAUCAAUUCCUGGGUGUUCCACCCGGUGCGACUCCAGCUCAGGUGCUCACCGCAUAUCGUCGCAGGUCCCGUGAGACUCAUCCAGACCGCUUUGCAACUGCUGGGGAAGAUGUCCAGAAAGCCAAAGGAGAGGAGUUUAAGAUGUUGGGAAUGGUCCGAGAGAUCCUCUUGGAUCCACUGAUGGCCACUCAAUACAUGAGGUGGAGACAAGAGCAAAUUGCUGCAAAGCAUGGGCGAGGCCGUUCCCCAGUUGUUCCAGCUGGUGUCUAUGCCAAGCAAGCUUCAUCAUUCCAACAAGCCAGAUCAAGUUUUGAUCGGUCCUCCACUCCUGCUGGCGCAGGAGCCAGCAGCUCGGGAGGAGCAGGCCGGGAGGUGCUUCGUAAACCGCCCCCCCCUUCACAGGGAUAUCCUGGAGGAGGAGCGCAAGGAGGACCGCCCCCAGCCAAAGCCCCUCCUGCUCCAGCAGGGACCGCGCAAAAGCCAAGGAAACCUCCACCGCCCGCGAAUCCGCCUACUCCGAGCUCAAGUGCGAAGCCAAGGAAAGCACCGCCACCAAGAAAUGAUGAUGGGAGGCCCAGAGGACCUACCACCCCACCAAUGCAAAAAAUGGCACCCACGCAAGCUAUUCCAAAGGGAGCACCGCCAACACCGGCCAAGCAUUUCCCCAGGGCGACCCAACCAUACACUGGAGGGGGCAUGGUGGGCGAUUUGCGAGUUCCUCGCAUCGCACUGGCAGAUGCAGGGGUGAAACGAUCAGACGCUCCGUCUGAGUCUUGGUGGUCAGAGACGUCAUCCAGAUAUAGGGCCCCUUCGAGCUGGUUGGAGCCCGGGUCUGAGCCUUGGGUCGAAGAUGACCUUCCACCGGAGAGCACCGUCCCAGACAACGAGGAUGACUAUGUGUAUGUUGAGGUGGAAGCUGAAGACGAUGACAUGGACAUCCUCCAAGACCACCAAUUCGAUGAAGAUGAUUGGGACGAGCCGGCAUGGGAAGAGCUCCCUGAGGAGGGGACCGGGUCUGAGCAAGUCUUCCAAACCUUCGAUCAAGCCGUGAUGCAAGGACUGCUCCAGUUCAUGGAUUUCGUGAACAGAGGACGGGCCAAGAUGCUGAUUGAAGGUGCUCCACCUAUGACUUCUGUCCCAAAAGAGGUGGCUCCGCCGCCACUUCCAAAGCCAGCUCAUCCAGAACAGGUACCUGAGCCAAAGGGCGCUCCGCCCACUGGGGUGAACCACUUUGGGUUUGACGAGUCUGAAGUCGACUAUGGUGAUGACGAUGAUCGAACCCCUGAGGAGAAGGCAGAAGAUGAGGAGCUGCUCGAGAAGACCAAGACGAAAGUGGAAGCUUUCCUGCGAGCACCCCCAGAGAUGAGGAAGACGCUUCGCUCCCAAGCAUGGAAGCGGUGCAAGAGCAAACUGGAGGCAAAUUCGAGAAGGAUCUCAAGGAUGGCUUUCACCUAUGCGGAGGCCAAACAACGCCAAAAGGGCCGGCAACGGGCCGCCCGACAUCAGCGAGCCUUGGCUGAAAUGGAGGGUGCCUCCUUUGAGGAUUUCCCGAAAUCCUGGUCACAUGGGUAUUCCAAGCAAGUCCUGAAGCCGGGUUUCCUCGAAGAGAAGAACAAGGAGCGGGCCCGCCGAAAAGCUACAAAGGCCAACUAUCGAUCCGAUAGAUCACGCAGCACUCCACCACCUCGCCAGUCAGCUGCUCCAGCUGCUGCAUCCAACCAGGCUGAAACUGAAAGCACGGCCAACUGGGAAGCAGGAAGUCAAUGGCACGACUGGCAAGCGAGACGCAGCAGUGAGUGGCAACGGCAUCAACCAGAUGUCACACAACGGAGAGAUGCAAAUGCCGCAGACGAUGACGACUGGGGCAACUGGACCAGAGAUGGGCAACGAGGCAGCAACCAAGAUGGCUGGUCCAGCUAUGACUAUGGAAACCAUCAGGAUCGACAGUGGAACCAGUGA